CCUGGUACCUGCGCUCCUGGGUCUGCUGGAUCCAUGUCCUCCGCUCGCUCCCCUUUCAGCGACUCGAUUCUCCUAACGAACUUCAAAGCAGGCUCCUCCCUAGCUAUAGGUACAUCGGGGCCGCCGCUGAUGCGCUUGAGGUCUCAGUGCGCCGUGACCACAUUAGUAUCUACCCGUCCAAGUCAAUAUGUCUUGCUAUCUCGAAAUGCUGCGCCACCUCGGGACAUAGUGUCUCAUCGUUGGUUUACCACUUCCGGUGGGGCCACAGCGAAGGCCAAUACUCUGCGUUCUCCUUACCCCGAGGAAGCACAUAUGCUGCAUCCCAAAGACGGACCCUGGGGCUUUUUCCCGAUGAAGCUGGGGCAGCUGGUCAGGGGCAAGUACGAAAUUGUGCGCAAACUCGGAUACGGCACCAACGCAAGUAUAUGGCUUGCGAAGCAGCAGAAGGAUCACGGGUAUAGAUACGUCGCGCUCAAAAUCCUAUCUAUGAACGCCACCUUCCUCGAGCAUGCGCAUAAAACACAUGAAACGGAAGUCGGGCGGAGCUUCAUCGAGCUCCCCGAGGCCGAUAAAGAACACCCUGGCUACCCACAUUGUGCUGCAACCUGGUUUCAGGGUCCCGCAAAAAGCAAAUGGGGAACGCACUAUGUCGCCCUCUUCCAACCAUACGGCACUUCCUUGGGAGCUCUCUGCGCAGCACUUCCGCGCCGCCGUCUCCCGCUCCCUGUGGUCAAGCGGGUGGUCAAACAAAUGCUCUUGGCGCUCAGCUUCCUCCACAACCGGCUUCAUGUCGUGCAUGCUGACUUUAAGCUGCACAACAUCCUCGUGAAGCUGCACGCUGACACGGAAGACAUCGACCGCUUUCUCAGGAAACACCCGGCGCAGACGUAUCCGCCCCCACCAGAGGCGAGCACGUCGUCGGAUACCGUACUGACCGUCCAGUCGCAGCCUCUCCCGAAUCUCGGCCUCGACCCUUCUCUCUCGAACCUCGAUAUCUGCGUCAGCGACUACGGCAAUGCCGUGCGCGCGGACAGCAUCAACGACGAUACGUCGAUCUUCACCGCGCCCCAGGUCAUCGCCCCAGAGCAGCUGCUCGGCCAUCCAUGGUCAUACCCCAUCGACAUCUGGGCCCUCGGUGUCAACACGUUCCUGAUGCUCACCGGCUCGACUCCACUCGAACACAACAACCUCGCCCCAAGCUCCAAAGCCGCGCAGCUAGCCUGCCUAGACGUACUCCUCGGCCCCUUCCCCGCGCCCUUCCUGCAGCGCUGCGCGCAGCCUGAGGUGGCGGAGUACUUCGUCACGGACGGAAACGUGCUGCACCCGGUUCCGUCCUGGGGAGCGCCACUUGAAGAGCGGCUGCGGGAGAACUUGCGGGGGGAGGCGGCGCCGCGGGACGUGUGCGAUGCGUGGCUCUUUAUAGGCAGGUGUCUGCGGGUGGACCCGAUGGAGAGGCCGACUGUCGAGGGGUUGCUGGCGGAUGCGUGGCUUGCCGCUUGA